GAGCCGCCGCCGCCGCUCCGCGGCACCAUGUCCCGGCGCAAGAUCUCCUCGGAGUCCUUCAGCUCGCUGGGCUCGGACUGCCCGGAGACCAGCCCCGAGGAGGAGGGCGAGUGUCCCUUGUCCCGCCUCUGCUGGAACGGCAGCCGCAGCCCUCCCGGCUCCGCCGACAACACCUUCGCCGCCGCCGCCGCCGCCGCCGCGGCCAGCGCCGGGGCGCGCCGCGCUCCACGCCGCCGGCGUGUCAACCUGGACUCGCUGGGCGAGAGCAUCCGCCGCCUGACGGCCCCCGCGCCUCAGACCAUUCAGCAAACUCUUCAAAGGACGCUGCAGUAUUUUGAGCAUCAAGUUAUUGGUUACAGAGAUGCAGAGAAAAACUUUCACAACCUGUCAAACAGAUGCUCCUAUGCAGACUGCUCUGGCAAUGAAGAAACUGAAGACGUCUCAGGAAUUCUCCAGUGUACGGCUAAUGUACUUGGUUUGAAGUUUGAGGAAAUGCAAGAAAAGUUUGGAGAAGAAUUCUUCAAUAUCUGCUUUGAUGAGAAUGAAAGAGUUCUUCGAGCUGUAGGUGGGACCCUUCAAGACUUCUUCAAUGGCUUUGAUGCUUUGCUGGAGCACAUUAGAACUUCGUUUGGAAGACAGGCCACCCUGGAAUCUCCUUCUUUCCUAUGCAAAGAGCUCCCUGAAGGCAAUCUCAUGCUUCAUUACUUUCACCCACAUCAGAUUGUGGGAUUUGCAAUGAUAGGAAUGAUAAAGGCAGCAGCAAAGAAGAUUUACCGCUUGGAAGUAGAAGUAGAACAAGUCGCUAAUGAUAAGUUGUGUUCGGAGGGGACAAACCCAGGUAACUGCAGUUGUCUGACUUUCCUUAUCAAAGAACAUGAAAAUGCAAAUAUCACAAAAGCACUUCCACCGGGAACUUCCCAGUCCCCCUUAGACCUGAGGAUUAGCAUCAGCACCUUCUGCAGAGCUUUCCCCUUUCACCUGAUGUUUGAUCCAAACAUGCUGGUUCUUCAGCUUGGAGAAGGUCUUAGGAAGCAGCUCAGAUGUGACACUCAUAAAACUCUGAAAUUCCAAGACUGCUUUGACAUAGUUUCUCCUAAAAUCAGCGCCACCUUUGAACGAGUUCUCCUGAGAUUAUCUACUCCCUUUGUCAUUCGAACCAAACUUGAGGAUUCUGGCUCUGAAAAUAAGGUGAUGGAAAUUAAGGGACAAAUGAUUCAUGUACCAGAAUCUAAUGCGAUUUUGUUUCUGGGUUCCCCCUGUGUGGACAAGCUGGAUGAACUGAUGGGCCGAGGCCUCCAUCUUUCAGACAUACCUAUCCAUGAUGCUACUCGUGAUGUCAUAUUAGUUGGGGAGCAAGCAAAGGCCCAGGAUGGCUUGAAAAAACGAAUGGAUAAGCUGAAGGCAACGCUAGAAUGUACACACCAAGCCCUUGAAGAGGAAAAAAAGAAAACAGUAGAUCUCCUUAUUUCUAUUUUCCCUGAAGAAGUGGCUCAGCAGUUGUGGCAGGGACAGCAGGUUCAGGCCAGGAAAUUUGAUGAUGUCACCAUGCUCUUCUCAGACAUUGUUGGCUUUACUGCCAUCUGUGCACAGUGCACACCCAUGCAGGUCAUCAGCAUGCUGAAUGAACUCUACACACGGUUUGACCAUCAGUGUGGAUUCCUGGACAUCUACAAGGUGGAAACAAUAGGUGAUGCGUACUGCGUUGCAGCAGGGCUCCAUAAGAAAAGCCUUAGUCAUGCUAAAGCCAUUGCCCUGAUGGCACUGAAGAUGAUGGAGCUUUCAGAAGAGGUUCUGACUCCAGAUGGCAGCCCUAUUAAGAUGAGGAUAGGCAUUCACUCAGGAUCAGUGCUGGCUGGUGUCGUUGGUGUAAGAAUGCCACGUUAUUGUCUCUUUGGGAACAAUGUCACCCUUGCAAGCAAAUUUGAGUCAGGAAGUCACCCACGUCGCAUCAAUGUCAGUCCAACCACAUACCAGCUUUUGAAAAAGGAAGACAAUUUUGUUUUUAUCCCUCGUUCCCGUGAAGAGCUUCCAGAAAACUUUCCAAAGGAAAUUCCUGGGAUCUGUUACUUCCUUGAGGUCAAAAGUGGUCAGAAGCCGCCAAAACCUUCCAUCACAUCUGCCAGAGUGAGAAAGGUUUCUUACAACAUUGGCACCAUGUUCCUCCGGGAGACUAGCCUAUGAGGCGUGCUACAGAUCAAAGACUCGUCAAAAAAGCACAAGCCCAGAACUGGGUCAUGACAGAGGAGUUUGGAGGUUCUUUCUGUUUCACUGCCUUGUUCUGAACAAGCAGUAAAAGCUCCAUGUAAUGUCAGGCAAUAAUCAUUUUAAAAGGUGGGUGACUGCUGUCAGUAAACAAAGUGGCGAUAGGGAAAAUCAAAGAAAAUUAAAUGACGUACUUCCACGUCCAGAGGAAUAUCUUUUGUAAACUUCAGUCUGGCCCCUCUAUGACAAACAAAACAAAAAAACCCCACCCAACUCUCAUAUUAGAGGUUGGUUUUGUUUUGUGCAGAAAGGAUGAUGGUUCUUUGUAGAUUUGCACCAGCUAAGCAGAAUUGAGAGUCAGUUCUGAUUAUGCAUUCCUACAUUUAAUGUGUUCUUCAGUAAGGUAAUGAUGUUUUUUAACUUUAUGAACAAACAUUUCAUACAUAUACUGUAGACCUGCUGUAAUCGUCCUGGCAGGAGGAAUUCUAAUUCAAUACAAAUAUUGUAGGAAUUUUACCUAUUUUUUUACAUAUUUCACUUUCUGGAUAAUUACAUUCCACAUACUGUAAGCUGAAUGAGAUUAGACAGCUUUUCAGAAGAAGCUACUUUAUAUUUCAUACAUUCUACCUGUCAAACCUUGUUGUUAUACAAUUGGGAAGAAGUCGUUUUUUGACUUUUUUUGGCAACAAAAAUUUCAAUAUUUUACAGGAAAAAAACUACUUUGAUAAAUCUCUUUACCUGAUGUUUAUGCUAAAGCUUUAGAUGAGCAUUGUCUUGCUUAUAUAAAGUAAUGUUCAGUAUUUGUCCUACAAUGUUGUAUGUCCAGUCCUUCCAGGACAAUGCAAACAAAGUGGAGAAAACCAAUGUAUUGACAAACAGAAAAGUUCUGUUCAGUAGGACUUUUUUCCCAUUGAAGUAUCACCAAACUGAUUUUUGAUAGACAUCCUGGACUUCUUAAAAAAUGUUGAUCUUGUGGACGCUCCUUGAAUGCUCCUUUUCCACAUUUUUUAGUAGGACUUGUGUUCCUAUUCCAGUUUGAUUAUUGAAAAUCCUGUCUGUUACUAAUGAUGCUCAUCAGGAAAUUUCCUCUGUCUCUGGAUUGGCUGAGAGGUCCCCUGCUUUAUCUAGUGCAGACCAAAAAAAAUGCUAAAAAGAGGAAGGCAAUGCUUUCCCAGAUGUAAUGCAAAUGGCACUUCAAGGUGUAGGUGAGUCCAUGUCAACUUGUUGAAAAGUAAUACAGUUUUAUUUUCUGCAUUGAAUCCAGUUGAAAGAAGAUGUGAAUCUGUUCCCUAAUAGAGACAUUUUCAGACAUUGUUUAUUUCAUGGGUUUUCCUUUACAAAAGUAAUGGCAGUCAGUUUUCCUCUGCAGGUAUACUCCCUUUAGGGUCUUACUGACAUAGGCCAAUGUUCUGGUCUUGCAAGUUGCUAGUUAACAGUUAUGCAGUGAUUCUGAAGGGGCUUUAGCUGUACAUGGGCCUGAUCAGAACUCAGUGAAAUAAAAGACUGUCAGGAGGCCUAGAAGACAUGAGAAGCUCUGCAUUUCUGUAAUCCAGACCACAAAUUAGAGUUUGCUUCUGGAUUUAGGAGUCGUAACUUGAGGCACCUUUUGAAAAUAAUUAAGUAACUUUCACUAAAGGUCUGGAUUAUCCAGUUAGGGAAUGACAGUGCUGCAAUUCUCCCCUUUGGCCAACAGCUCAUGUUAGGGUGGGAUCUAGUCAGCGUGGCACAACCAAACGUUUCAGGCUUCCUUUCCAUGAAGCCUUUCUGGAUGAGAAAGGACUAUCUUGAACCUAUACAGACUUCAGUGUGUAGGGGACAUUGGAAGUUACAAUGCAGGGCUGGCUUGUGGGGGUUUUUUGCCUGAAGAGGGUAGAUGCUAGAGAGUUAGCCCAGAAAUUUACUUAAAUGGAAAUUCUCUUGCUUUCUAGAGGAACAGUGAUAUUAGAAAUUUCUUCCAUUGACAUUAGAGCAUCCUUGGGAUUGGAGAGGUUAAUCUUUUAUCUGCUUUGAUAAAGAGCAUCUGCAGUUCUACUGCCCAUCUGAAAAAUGACUUACCAAAAGCUGUUUGAGCUUGACAUUGCAAAGUUUCCAUCUAAGCUACAGAUCUGAGAAUUGUCUGCAUAGAUUUAGCCUGUAGCUGUUAGUCUGCACAUACACAGGAAGUAGCAUGCAUUUGUUUUUCCUGCUAACACCAGUGAGACAUGCAAGGAUCAUAAACAGGGCAAAGUUCAUAUUUCACCACUGGGAGAGGAACACCACUUUCUAGCUAGUAAAAGUGUGGGCUUGAUAUCGUUACCUAGUUCCCUGUAGUGAAAAUUUCUCAAACAGUUGCCAUUCUGUCUUCACUUGUAUAUCCUCAUUGUUCAUUGGUGUCAGAGUACCAAUCUCCCUAGUCAAACUUUUUUUUUCUCUUCUCACUACUUGUAGUCCUGAGUGACGAGAACAAACAUAAACAUUCAGACCAAAAGCUUGUAACUCAAUAACUUAUCUCUCACAGUUAUCAAUAGUAAAUGUCUAGGUUAGUAGUUCUGUAGCUAAUCUUGGUAGAGAUGUGGAAACACUGCCAUGAAAAUGAUGGGUAAAUGCUAAUUCUACUAGAAAAUUGGAGAAGCAAUCUAAAAAAUUUAGUAGCAUCAUCCUCUCAGAGACUUUUUAUUCUAUAAGGAAAUUUAUAAUCACAGAGAUCAAUGCAAAACUUGAAAACUGGUGUUGGCAUCACCAUGGAGACAAUGACAGUGUUUGCAAAUAAAUCAUCUAGCUCCACAAAUUAGAGUAGAUACACUGUAUGAGAAUAUUCAGUCUUUAUUUUUUAUAAGCUUGUAUAACUGUAAUGUGUCCAGAACUUCAGGACUGAUGCUAAGUAUUGUGGUAUUAGUUUCUGUGUUAUGAAAAAGGAAGUUAAUAAAAAAGUGUGGUCUCUCUAGGGACAAUUUUCCAUCUCAGUAUGAGAAAAAUAAAAAAAAUCUCCACACUCUUUAACUUAGUAGUUGAUUCUGCUGCCUUUAAUAUUAGGUUGCAAUUUUAUUUUGUUGGCCAACUUUAUGAAGUUAAAUGAAAUUUAUUAUCAAGGUUAAUGCUGUGAAUUCAAGUAGAUGGUAGUCAGACUCAACAUUUCUUCAACAGCACUUAUUUUUAGCGAUAGGGGAAAUGUUUUCAUUUGCCUGGUGUUGUCUUCAUAAAUAAAAAGGUUUUCAGAGUUUUUACACCUUGGGAUGAUGAGGUGGAGAGGUCAGGAGUACUGAAAUGGAGGCAGAAAUCAUGUACUGUAGUUGGAAAGCUCUUCUAGUACUUUCCUUCCACAAAGGUCCUUUGUUCCUUUGAAUUUACCUGCAUGUGUUUCUUCACAUAGCUGCAAGGAGCAACAUCUGCUGUCUUGAGCUUUUGUAUGAAACAACUCUCUCUGAAGAUAGAGUAGAUCUAUUGCAUAUUGCCUGUAUAGGGCAAAGGAAAGAGGAUGUGAGUGUCUUAGCCAAGGCCAGCAGUCUCUGUCACAGUCUUGUUCUGUGCAGCUUCCCUCUCCUCCAGGCUCAGUGAUACAAGAGACCAUGGACUCACCACAGAGGCCAGUGGCCAACUUCUUGUACAAAAGUCAUGAAGCCUAAGUAAACAGGGGUAGCAGUCAUUCCUCCAGACCAUUUAGGUCAGAUUUUUCUAUGUUCUUGAAGCUUCCCAUCACACAGGCACUUCUAUGAUGCAGUUACAUAGAGGUCAGGAACUCAGAGCAAGAAGGAAAUAGUGGUGGAAGUAGUAAAGUGUUGGCUAAAUUUCGUUCCACAUGUUUUGUUCUCUUAAUAUCUACCAUUCAAAUACAAAAGCCUCUGCAUGGGAGAAUUGCUACUAAGCCAGAACCCUCAAAAUGUGGUUUUCUUGCACAAGAAUAUCCCACAGGAUAUUUCUUUUUUUGUUCCAAAGAGCCAGUAGUCAUUAACUGUGGUUGUGGUUUUGGCUUCACUUCUCUUUCCCACAUCCAGUUUCCGAUCCGAGUCUCUUUGGAAAGGCAUUCUGGAGCCUGGAAACAUGCCUCAGCAAGCAGAAAAACAAAGCUUUUAGAACCUUGGAAUCUUGUAUGGGAAUUUCCUAUUCUGAAGAAGAAAUCCUUGUGGUUGAGUCCUUAGCAGGUCCUCCCACAGUUCAUGCGUGUGUAUAUGCCAUUUCACAAUGUUGUCUCCUCCUGUGCUUAUGAUAUUCCUUGCCAAUCAAUCCCAAUAGUGGUAUCAGGUGUAUAACCACCUUUUCUGUUUUCCAUCAACAUCCCUCUUUCAUUUUUUUCUGUAUAAAACAAGCAGUGCAGAACCAUGACAUGUUGUAUUCACUUAAAAGCAUCACAGUGCUGCACAGAGGUUUAAACUUUGCUAACCCAUUUCGCAUUCUGCCAGAUGAUUUUAAAAUGCGGGAAAAAUAACCACCACCCAAAACUGCUGUUUUGAAUUGCAAAUGAGUAUGAAAUCUAUAUCAGUUGUUGGGGCAAGUUUAACUGCUGGACAGCUAUCAGAUUCUUUAGCGGCCAUGUGCUGUCAUGCUUUGCAUGCUUCGUGCAAACUGUCUCGCCAAGAAGCCUGCAAUCCAACAGCAGCAUUGCAAACUUAUAGCAUUUUCUGCCUUUUCCUCUUCCAGCCAGGCUACCAACCUCAUAUCUGCCGAGUGAGCUAAUUCCCUGUCCUAAUGCAAUCUCAGAGCUUCUGGCUUUGUCUUUGAGUUCCAGCGAUCUUUUGCAUAAUUAUAUGUAUAAUACUGGAAAAUGGCAACAUGCUUAAAUUAGCAACAAAACAAGAGGCAUAAAAAAGCUUGUCAAAUUCAGAAACAAUUGGUUCCUUCUUUCUAGGUAAUACAUUCUUCAUAGCAUUUUACUGGGACUGAAGGUGCCAGUGAUAGCUGAGGCUGUGGAUGAAUUGAAGAUGAUGAGUGUGUGGGAGAAUCGACAGGCAGGAAUUGAUCUGUUCUUGCCACUGUUCAUUAUUCUGUCAUCUUGAAUGCUAUUACCUCCUCUUGGUCACUCUUUCACUCUUCAAAAGACCUCCUCUUUCCUUCCUUUAGCACCUUAUAUGUGACAGAGUAAUUCAUUGCUAUUAUUGUUUGUAUUAACAUCUGUUGUCAUGGCUGGUUAUACCUAAAGGAUAACUGAGAUUGAAAAGCUGAUCUUACUCUUCUUUGCAGCAAAGACAAAAAUUCUACAGUGACAGUAGUUACUCACAUCCUUAGAGAGGGAGAACUUCUCCAUGCAAGUCAUCACUGAUGUAUUUGACUGAAGAAGCACCACAUUAACAGUCGAUGGCAUGGUUUUAACUUUCCCAAGCACUAAAUUGUUCCAUGCUGCUAGAAGUUACUCCUGAAUGUUAUUAAUUUGCAAUGCAUGAGCAGCCUUACAACAAAAAUCUGUGAACUGUUUAACCUCAUAUACAUGGGGCUUUGCUAUUAAUCAUGCAUGAAAGCGAGCAAAACAGUGAAACUGGGGAAUGUAACACAGAAGUCACAGGCAACAUACCAUUCACGUCUGCAGAUGCUUACUUGUUCCUGUGGCUUAGAAAGGCUGACCUCCAGUUCUCUGUGUUCCAGGUUAGUAUCUCUGUGUCACUACAGCAAUAAAAUGGCCUCUGAAGAACAGCAGCCUCCCUCUGGGAUAGGAGAAGCCAAAACAGUAAAUGAUGCAAAGUGGCUACUUUGCUGGUAACCUUAAUGGAAGGAUCAGUGGAGGCAGAUGUUAAACCGGCUGUUUGCUCCUGGGAUAUUAGUUUCCAAAGGCAGUGAGGCUGAACAUGUUUUGCUUUCGACAAACAGAGAAGACACAGGAUUUCAGGGAAAUGAGUGUCUUCCCUGAUUUAUGGCUAGAAGGGAGGCAGAAGAGUGAGAGGAUGUCAAGAGAGACAUGCUGGCUGCCUCAGCUGCAGCAGUGCUUGGUUCAGCCUUCAGCUCUCUGGCCCACUUUGGCUUUAGCAUUGCAAGAAACAAAUUUCCUCUGAAGACUGGAGGACAGAUGUGUGCUUCAAGCACUCGUCCCCUCCUCUCUAGCUUCAGCAUGAGGCUGCCUAAAUCCUGAGUAUCCUUAACUUUCUCAGUGACCACAGAUAGCAAACAUAGACUAGACACUAUUUUUUAAAUAAAGGCAAGUGAGCUUGAUCCCAAUGAAUUAAGCUUUUCCCAGCCCGAGUUCCGUGUCUUAGAUCUUUUAGUCUUGCUGCUUUGCAGAGUUUUGCAUUGGCCAAAAUAAACUGAAUCAAACUAAGUGGCAGAGGGACAGAUAAGCAUGUCCCAGAAAAAAAAGAGUUUUGAUGUGGUAGCCAUGGUGACUCUCAAAAGGACAGGCUACUACAGUUCUAGAAAUCUCUGCCUUCUGAUAUCUGAAUGCUUUACAUAUGAUGUCAGCACUGCCAAUCACAACUCCUGGAUGCCAUUAGGACUGUGAUUAAGAAAGGUACUUGAGCUUUGAGCUUCUAGCUCAAUUAUGCAAAACCUCUGUGUCACCUUCACCUGAGCUAUGUGCCAGAAUGCCUACAUAAACCUGAUUAGUUAUCCUAUAGCAAAGUUGGUAGUAAAAUAUCUGUAUUCUGAAGAGCAGACAUAGUUGGCAAGUUAUCAUUAUCAUAUGUUUUUGCACUUUUAUGAAUUUGUAGGCCCAAAAUUAACUUUUCAUUAGCAGAUCUUGCAUUGAGCUACUUGUUUUCUAGAUAAUUAUUCCCUAGCAAUACUUUCUCGUGAGUACUCUUGAAGCAAUAAGUCAAGCCAUGCUUAUUUAUUCUGUGUAGUUCCUUGUACAACAGCUAUCACCUUAAUAAACCACUUUUUAGCAGAACAUUAAAUGGCAGAACACUCUGUCAUGCAUUAUUUGUACUUCCAUCCUCUUCCCCAGGGGAGAAGAGCAUGUAGCAGAAUCACUUGUUUUUGUGACGUGGUGUCUUUUUGUUAGCUUUAAAAAAAUAUAUAUUGCUAUUUACUUUAAAAAAAAGGAAGAGUAAAAUCAGAACUGUAGACCAGGAUUAGAAAAGAAUUUUAGUUGUAAACAGAGGAUUUUCAAGACUUCUCACUGACUAAGACUGGUCUCCUGUCCUAGAAACAAUAGUACUAGUAAUGUAGGUGAGAUACACCUAGGAAUGAUAAAUAUUAGCAAUAAACCAGGCAAGUAUGUAAGAUGGAUAACUUCUGCUUUAUAAACAGUGGUAAACAGAUGCUAAAUCUGAUUAAUACCCAGAGAGAAGGAAUACUGUUUAAACAAUUUUGUCAUUUAUUACUGAUAUACCUCUAAGGUAUUAUAUUUUCCUUCCCCAAUGAGCCUGGAACAUACUCUUAAAUCAAUAUCAGAGUUUCUGAACUUAUUGCAGAAGAACAUGAUUAAGAAUCAAUAACUAUCAAGGAGAGGUUUCAUUUUUUUUUUAGAGUGAUGCAUUGCUUGAGAGAACAGAUCAUAUGGGGAAAAAAAAGGUAUGGGCAGGUAUAUUUAUUUUAAAAGUUUUUUUAGCAUUUCUGAUUGGUUGAAAUCUUUCUGAAAAUGUACACUCAAAGCACAGCUGCCAGGUUCAGGUUAUUUGCAUUUGCUGAGAAGGAGGAGAUAAAGUUCUCCAAGUCAUGUAAGGGACUUACUUCUCAAUUCCAUUUUCUUUACUUAAACAUAACCUCUUUCUGAAGAUUAAACCUAACUUUGCUGAAUGUUUCUGAGGUUCUGAAGACCUAAGUAAGUUUUGGAACUGUGGGUUUUAAAUCCAUAACAUUUAUGCUCCUUUGAACUGUUGUUCAUGAUGAUGUAUGAAGGCAAAUUCUAACCAUCAUUUUCCUAGAGCUAACCUGUGCUGGAUGAUGAAAUGUGGAUUUGUUUCUGAUAUGUGCAGUCUUUUGACACCUUUUCAAAGUGAUGCUCCCAUCUGUGUUGCAGUGAGCGUAUGAAUGCUCUGGUCAUCAGUGUGGAUGAGGCUUGUUACCCACUUCUGUGGUGCUCUAAGGCAUCCUAAGGGAAAAACCACUGUCCAGCCAGCUCCAUCCAACUGAGCUUAUCUGCAGAGGGAGUGUCAAGCUGCAUCUAAGAUUUACUUUCUCAGUCAACAGAGACAAAGCAUCUGAAGAAAGUGAAGUAUGUGUGUAGGAGAGAGCUGCUGUAUGUAGGUGUGCUGCUAAUUCUCAGUUUUUGUGUAUUUGGAAGUUGGAUCACCCAGAGAGUAUUCCGGGUAUGAUGUGAUAUGCCAGAAAGCACUAUAGGUAAUGUCAUGAACUCUCAAGGCACUAGGAUGAGUUUUAGAGUCCAUGAUCCUCAGAUUUUUAGUGGAAUUGUAUGAGAAAUGCACUGUUUUGGGAAGAGGGACAGUUGCUUUGUAUUUUAAGUAAGAGUUGAGUGUCUAGUUGCAGAGGAAAAUUGUGAGUGGGAAAAAGAAAGUCUAAAAAAUCUGAAUGCAAAGGAAAAAUUCUCACUUUUUCCAUAUCAUUUGAAUUUCCUGGAGGUAAGACUUAGAAUUCCUCUAUGAGUUUCAGUACUGAAUGCAAAAUUAGAUGUGAAGUAAUACAAGUGAGGUACUUUACCAACUGGUAGAUAUUUGGAGAUGAUAGUAAGAAUGCCUUUUGAAAAGUAUGUAGGAACAAGGUAUUUAAACGUUAUGACUUUAAAAAAUUGAAGCUCUCCUGCUUUGUAAAUAAAUAUUGUUUAGAAAUGCCUAAACUGAAAGAAAACUCGGAACACUGUUGUAUCACAACAAAAAGAUGCCAUAAUAUAUAGGUCACACCAUUCCUUCAGAAACAGUCCUAUAUAUGGAGUUUUCAAAAGCACAUUCAACCAGCAGUUGUUUUUAAAUCAUUUCAAAGGCAGCAGUAUUUCAUCAAGGACCUUCUGCAGAAAUUCCAAGCAGGUUAUGUUAGGUAAGACCUAGAUUAACACAGUUGGUUUAGAUUGUAUUAAGAGAUAUUGUGCAUCCCAAAGGAAGGCUUGAAAUGCACUUUCUAAUAUGUGUCAGCAUUAGUGACUAUACAAAAUCCCCAUCCCAAUACAUGGUAUUUAUAUUGCCUCACUAGAAAAUUAGCACUUUAUGAAGUCAUAGUUAUUAAUGUCUUCAGUGCUGGAAUAUUGCUUAUUUUUCUUACAUCUCACUCUUCCCAAGUGGUACAGGGGCCCAUUAUGCUAUAGAGCACCAAGGGUUUGGGGAAUUGCUGUAAGAAUUAAGUGAAAUUCAGCUAACCUAAAUUUAGGCAUUUUAAAAUGAUGUCUGGUCUGAGCCAGUCAGGUUGGCUCUCUCCACAGUUAGUACAGUCAUGCUGGCAUCUCAAAGAGAGACUAUUCCUGAAGGAAGUAUUGAGGAUGAGACAAACCACUGCCUUAGAUGUGCUCUUUUCUCUUUCCCUAAUGACUACAGUGUGGAACUGUAGCAUGAGGUCAGAUUAGUUGCCAUACUGUAGAUGAACUGAGUUCCACUGCUGGUAUGAAUGAGAGGAUGUAAUGGGAUAGAACAGAAAAUAUACACGGAGAGAAACACAUCAGGGUCACAUACCUGUCUAGGAAGGUUAUCCUAAUUAAAAUAACAUUCCUUUUAACUAAAGCUAACAAUUUGUGAUUCUUUCCAACUCCCUACUUAUGACGUAAAAUAAUACUAGUGUGUCACUCCUCUAGGGUCCACCAAGAGUCAUCUCUCCAUUUUGUCAUGUUUUUUGUUGGUCUCUGCAGUCACUUGGGAAAGAACAAGGGAACAGAGGGGGAGAUGCUGGCCAAAUGUUCUCUCACUGUGAUCAUAGUUGUGAAAAAAUCUAUUUGACUGGUUCUGAAUUGUAUUGUGACUUGUGUUGUUGCACACAUGGAAUAUCCAGAUUCCCAACAGGAUCUUGGGUCAGGCUGUGAACCAGAGGCGAGUAGGAAGGACCAGGGCUGCCACUCUGCUAUGCUGCUCCCAUACUUCUCUCUCUGGUUUGCAGUUGCCAUCCUGAGCCUUAGACAUCAAUGGCUAUUUUCACUGCAGUCAUGGUUAGGGAGGCUGUGGGAAAGUUUUCCUUGGGAAGAAGCAAUAGUAUGCAGUCCUCCACACUGUGAACUGUCACUCUCUCCAGAGAAAAUGAAUUAGAAAUAGUAUUAUCCUCAAGAGCUGAGAAAACUUGCAGUUUUUCCAUAUACAGUAAACAGUUUCUAUAAUUACCAGGAAAACAAAACAGAGAGGCAGAGCUGGGCAGCAGGGGCAUCCCAUCUCAUACAAACUGCUGUGAUAAUGAAAUCCAAACCCUGUGGAAUUGCAGGCACAGUAUUUUCACUUGGCUUAAAGGUCAGCUAAGAAGCUAAUUUCUCAAGAGGACUCUGAGACAGCGUAACACUAGUCAUUUCUUCCAACAAAUUACAUUUGUGAGAGAAACUGGAUUAGUGGCUCAUGGAGCUAAAAAUAGACAUGAUGCACUUACUGGAGAAGGAUGAAUUCAGUAACAGGAGUAAAGGUAUAUCAAAAUGUCAUAACAUCUGGAGAGAAAGGAACAAAAAAACCCGCUCAACUCAAAGCAAGUUACCCAUAAAAAUACAUUAAAAGUAAUCUGAUUCAUCAACUAGAAGAAUGACAGGAUUUAGUCUUGAUUCUGUUUUAUUCACCUUCCAGAUCCACCUGUGAUUGCUGCUUUAUUGGCUGAAUCAGUUUGGCCAUGGUCCUUUCAAACUCGUGUACCUCAGGUUAGGCAGUGGAGGUCAUUAUGUUAAAGCCAUUAUUUGAACACUAAAAAAAGAAGAGACUUUGACUUAAUCUUUUAUCUUCUCUGCAGGUAAUUUUUUUGCUGAACUUCAAGUGAAAAAUAAAAACUAAGGUCUCAAAGACCAAGUCUAGUAAGAGAGCUGCAGCAAAAGCAGCUUUCCAAAUAUCUUUACUAAAAAGUGGAUAGCUACUUUUCAUUACAUCUAACAUUUGUAUUCUAAAAAAUUUUUUUUUGUGCCAUGCACACUUGUAUUACUACUUGCCUGGAUUUGAAAACAUCUCAAACUCAAAACACUGCUUCAUUCUUCUUCUGUUAUGUGCUUGCCAUAGGAGAGCAAUUCCACUGUACUGGCUGUGACCCUGAAAGAGCAGCAAUCCAUUGCACAUAGGGAGCCUCAAUCUGUCUGGUCAAGGUGAAAAGUUCUGCAAGGUACAGGUUGGGUCUCAGCUGAACACAAGACUGGCAGUAGUUACAUGCAGUUUAUACUAUGGCUUAAGUAAUUAUUUUUACUUUUAUAUUCGGAAGCAGACUUAUGUAUAGCUCAGGAAUAAUCUUCACCACUUUCUUUAGAAAUUGUCUUUUCUGUGCAUCUCUUAUAAAACAUCUGCAUUUCGGAUCUGAGGUAUUGACAAGUGUAGGGUAUAAUAAGUCAGUAAAUCAAAUCACUGUGAAAAGUAUUUGUAAAGUAUUUAUGCUCAUUGUCUUUUAGAUAUAAACCAGAAUCAUUUUUGCAAAUUCCGUUCUUGCAGAAGCCUUUGGUCAUCUUUCUACGAGAUGUCAAGAGUCAUCUUGAUUUUGGGACUUAAUUAGCAUCAAUAUCAUUUAUCUGGAAUUCACUGUGUAGCAUUAUUACUACAGUGUUAAGGUUUAGUUGUGAAACAGACAUAUCAGGAUAAGCAGCGCCAGGAGUUAUCUGCAUUGCACAUCCUACAGGUUAGGAAUAAAAGUUAGAAAACACGUGGACACUGCUGUGUCCAAUAGCUAUCUUGAGAUGUUACGGAUAUAUUAUCACUAGUCUUGGGACUACUGUGAACCAGAUCACAUGUCUUUGGCAUCCAUCCUUGCUUCAGUGAGAGGCAUCAUCAUCCCUUUGUUUGUUAAAAUUCAGUUACAUUAGAGCACAGAGAUUAGUAACACAGGAUUUUUUCAGCCAAGUACUGUAAGAGAACUAAUACUGUCAUCUUUUUCUCUCAAUAUGGUGGAAUCCACUGCUGGAACUAGUUUGCAUCGCUUCUUGAUUUAAUUUUAACUUUUCCUAGUUUACUAAAACUCUGCAGUUCCUCUUUGGAGGAUUCCAUAGUGUUUUGAAGAGACUGUGUGUGGUCUGGUUGUGCAAUCCAGUGGUGCUGUUUCAGACCACCAUCUUGGAGAGCCUAACCAAUGUUUCACAGCCACAAAUAAUUCCCUUGUUCUCCCUACCACUUUGCUCUUGCCCACUUGGCCAACUUUAGAAAAGGAACUGAAUGCUGCUAAAAAUCAUCUAGUGGUUUAUAUUUGUUUCAGUGGGAUAAACUCAUGAUUGGGAGAAACUUUGGUAGAACAAGCUGUGGCAUCAACUUCACAGCCUGAGUCUGUCAAGUCAUAGUUCAGUGUCUUCCCAAAGCCUGUGAGAACAAAUUAAACUUUGCAUGCAAUUUCUCACCUAGAAGAAUCAACAAAAAUUUUCCAGUUGUCUGUGAUCCUGACUCUCCCAUCUAAUGGAAAACCCAUGAAAUUCAUGAAACCGUGGAUGGAAAAUCUCUUACUUGUGAUACUUGUUUAAACCUUCUUCCAGGAGCCUGCUGCAACUCUGAAAUUCAUGAUUUAGUUACCAAUUCAGUCAGGUUUAUCUUCAUUUCCUCUGCAGGUAACUCUAGAGGAUGCCUUAGAGUUAUAUCUUUUGACUUUUUCCUUUGAUUUCAGUAUUGUCGAAGUAAUAUCUGAGGGCUAAUUCCUUCCUAAGAUGAUCACAAACAGCUCCAAUAACAAGACCAGAUAUGUGUGAAGGUAAAUUGUAGGUAUGAGUAAAAAGCUUGGAUUAUUACAGGAAGAUGGGUGUUCACCUGAGUUCAGGAUGCUCAAUUUUAGGAGUGGAAAUAUUUAGUAAGAGUUGUGGCCACAUAUUGGUGGUGUGUCAGUUUACUGAGAGCAGAACAAAGGGAGGGGGCAGGUCAGUGCAGUGCAGUUUUAAUCUCAGGUUUAUGAAUGCUGAGAAUCGCUGCUUGUCUUGUUCCUCAUUUGGCAAGCUGGAUAAAAAUGUUUGGUACUCUGACCACCUCAAAGUUUGCACUCCUGUGGAAAUGGACCAGCCUCCCUUGGGUGCAAAUGCUUUUUGUGUAGUUUUAUAAUACUGUUUUACUGUGUCCUAUAAAGCUUUCUCUGAAGAGACUCAUAUAAGCAUUCUGCACUGAGUAAUAACACUACAACCUUGCACUAUCAACAGAAUUCUGUCAGGGUUUAGAGCACUGUGGUGUUUGUGAACUGAAGCAGUUUGUGAAAAAUUUCUUACAGAUACAAUGAUAAUCUAAUUAAUGACAGCAUUUCAAUUUUAGUAGUAUGCAGAGGAGAUAAGGUGAUGUCCUUGGAUAGUUAUGUCAACUUAAAGGUUCAGAGAUUAAUUUUAGUAACAUGUAAAUCUGAACAUUAUUUUUAAACAUCAAUCUGCACUGUACUGGGAAGAUAUGAGGCAAGUUAGAGUUUUACUGUGAGCUAACAUGGACAGAAAAGAUCAACAAAGCAUAUAAGCCAAGAUCUUCCCACACUGAAACCAAGGAAGCAAUUGCAAAAUCGACUCUGGUUACUUGUCCUGACUGUUCAGCAAAAGAAUCCACCUGCCAAUAUUAGCAAAGUCCAUACAAACUAUUGCAUGCUGUAUUUCAGGGGUUUUAUUGGAUUCAUUUGGCACUCUUAGUGUGUCUCAAAGUUACAAUAAGUACCUCGGGUUGAAAAUUACAAUUUCAGUUAUGAUUGCUUCCCCAAGCCAACUGAAUUUAUUGCUAACCAAAGACUUACCUACUUGAAAACAAAACAGUGAAGUUUGGUUCUGUCAUUUGAGUCUUCAACUGCGAGCAGUUGAAGUGCAUUAUGUAUGUACUAACCAGGCCGUGUUGUGUCAUUGAGCAACUUAUUCUAGGCUGCAGCACCAGUGUAACACAGCAGGAUUCAGUAUUAAUCCCUCCAUGGGAACAUGAGUCUAUGUAAUAAAUUGAUGUGCCAUACGUGUAGGCCAUGGGAAAAUUGUGUGUGCAGUGAACUACAUAUGGUUUUAAAAGCUUUAACAUUUGUACUGUUCUUCCUAUAAUAGAAUGUAUAUCUUGAUAGCUGUGACCCUAUGAGCUUCUGAAAAAAAUGUAAUCUAAAGUUUAUUCUUCUUGUUUUAAAAUCACUGUUUUGUGAAUUUCUGUUUACACAAGCCUCCGUACAGCAAGGGAUCUUUCUCCAUGUGUUGCUGGGAAAUGGAAAAGCAGAUGCCUAUCUGUAAAUCUUGCAGGCUACAGAGAUCAGUGAAUGCCUUUUCUGAAUCUCCUCCUGACAAGCGGCUGCUUUUCUUUCCUAGCAAGCGCAAACAGUGCCAAGAGCCCAGGCCUGGUUUAGAAGAAACAAAUCAUUUGUUAAAUGGCCUUAUUCUGUUCAGCUUCUAUCAAUGCUUCUUAAUUUUCUCUUUCUGCCUCCUUUUGAGUAGGCUUUGGUAAUAUAAUUCUUGCAAAGUGUAACCGAGGGCAGACAGUUUGCCUUUUUUUUACCUUUCCUUUUUUCAAAGCCACUGAAAGCCUCAAACAAGAAGAAAAAACUUUACAAAACUCAUGCAGGCAUGUUGUUAACAGAUAAUGAAAGUACAAAACAGCCUUCUAAGAGUACUCAAAAUUGUCUUUUAGUGGCAUGUCUGCACUGCAUCGUGACUUGACGUCUUGUUUACAUAGUGUGAUCUUCUAUAAUGGUGUUUGUUACGAGGUCCUUUUAGUUUGUCCUAAAAGAUUUUACUUGUUUGUCACGAUAUUAGAAAUAUAAGUACACUCUAUAAGAAAAGCAAUAUACAAUAUACUAUACAUCUUCUAUUUCAAUGCCUCUAUUUUAAACUAGUACUCAUAGAAAUGUUGAUAAUCAAAAUACAAGUUUCAUUGUUCUUCACAGGGCCAAGCAAAGAAAUUUCGCUUUGUCUAAAUACUAACAGUUGUCUAAAUACUAACAGAAACAUCAGUCGAACAAAUCUCUUUUCUCAUGCUUCUAAGUAGCUUGUAGUGGGCUCCAUCCUACUCUGAUUCCCCAUUAAUACAUUUGCAAUGGAAAACUAAUGAGCUAUUUCAGUGCAUGGCCUUUGUGCAGUACCUGAUUCAUAAAUAGAUCCUAAAUCUCAUUUAUGAAUUGUUAGUGAUCAGCAAAAACGACAAAACCCCUUUGAAGUUCAGCUGAGUAAGUUCUGAAGCUCUUGCAUUGCCUAUUCAGUUUGACAAAGUUUCUUGAGUCAUAUUUGAUGAAGACUUUGGAAUGGACACUGGCAGCAGCCUUUGUCACAUUGUUCUAAUUUGUGCUUCCCAUUUUAUCUGAAAGUCUGCUGUAAUGGAGAAAUUAUCUGGAUUUAAAAAAUAUAUAAAUAAAUCCUACAGGUUUCCUUCAAGGUAGUUCUUGCUUUAUUUGACCCAGUCCUCUGAUUGUUAACUCAUAUGAAUUGAUUUUUGAUAUAUUAGUAACACAAUAUCCAGAAAAAAAUGUUUCUCCAGAUAAAUUGCAAUGAAGAAUGUUUUAUCCCUGAUUGUGACCAAUAUAUCUCUGUUUCAGAGCUCUGUGUAUUUGUAUCUAUUGUAUAUAUUUCAGAAAGAGGUGGUCAAAGAAGACAGAAUAUUAAAUUCUUAAAUUUUACACACUAGAAGUGUGUGCAAUUAGUUUAAAAAGUGAUACAAUAGGGAAGUUAUUAAGUGGGGUUUUUUUACUUUAUUAAGCUUUGCUGAUAAACAUAAUAGUUGCUCAUAAAAUAUUUGUUUCUUCCUUCAAAUUCUCUCUUUUGAAGCCAAUAGAGCUUCAAAGCGAAAAAACUUACCUGGUUACUUUGUCCAAAUUGCUUAGUAAAUACAAUCUAAACGUCAUGUCCAUCUGGAAUGACUUUUGUUGACAUAUAUGCAGCUAAUUCACUGAAAGUCAUUGACAGAGCUUGGUUUUCUAAGCACUGCAAUAACAUAGUAUGAAGUGUACCCUACCAGUUUAGUUAUGCUGCCAGGUGCAUCCAGGCUAUUCAUUAUUCUUCUCUCGUUGUUUAAAAAGUCAAGUUUAAGUCUGUGUCUUUGUAUUAUUGGAAUUCUCAUAUGUGAUGACUGCAUCUGGUAGAGUGUUGCAGACUUGCUUUCCCAUGAAAAAAUAGCUGAUUUAUGUCUUUCGUGAUAUCUUUUUUGUCUGUUUGUCUGGUAUUUUUUGACAUCUCUUCACAUUGAUAACAUUGGGCUGUCUGAUGUCUGGAAAUCAUGGAUAAAAGGCCACACCAAACAAUUCUGUAUCUCAGGUGAGAAGAGUUUUGUAUGGAUAUGUUGGGUUCAUGCUAGUAGCAUACCAGCUUUGGAAGUGCACUGGACUCACCUCAUACUGUGAAGUUGAUAUGUAUAGGCACAACACAUGUUGACACUUUGCUCAGCUAGUGCAGACACAUGGUCCUCAUGCAUUUCAGUCUGGCUAAUCCUGAGGGAAAACAUGGGAGUUGCAGCAUUUGGAGUUCCUGAUGUUGGCUGGAAUACAUGAUUUGUACCAUCUACCCUCUCUUUUGUUACGAAAACUAUCUGGACCAAUAAGAAAGGAAUUAAAAAAAAGAAAUGAGGGGCGCUGUGAAUUAGAGAUCAUUUGUCAGACUUCACAUUCUCUUAAACUUCCUUCUUUCCCAUUGCCAUGUGUGGAACUAGCACCAUUCAAAUACUGUGGUCAAUGCUGAUCAUAGGAGUUUUAUCAGUUUCUAUAGCUAAAUUUUAUGCUUAGUACCUAUAAUACUGCCAUGGGGCAGGAGGUGACUGUCCUUAUCUUUUAAUAACCAUUGUUUAGAUUGUUGCUGAAAUGGUCAAUACCCAAAUACCCCACUGGGGCUUGGCAAGUAGGAUUUGCAUUCCAGCAAGGUUUUCUGGUAGGAAGUUUGAAUGUUAUUGUGUGUCAGGACUGAUCUGUGCAAAUCUGUGCAAAUCAUUGCAGUGCAGUCAAAGUCACAGUCAGUACUGCCGUGCCAGAAACCUUGUGUUCUUAAGAGUUGCAGGCUUCCUACCUCCUAGUAAUCCUUGCAAAGCAAAACUAUGUGGCUCCUGCUGUACCUAACAGGAGUCCUUGUUUGGCUUAAAAGUCUGCAAAGAGCAUUGGAACCAUGUCCUACACUUCUUACUGUACAAAACCAUCUGUAGUCUGAUCCCCAAGUAUUCUAUUUGCCGGGUAAUGCUCGAUCCGUCAGCAGAACCAUAGCCCGCCAUGUCAGUAGGUAAUGCAUCCCAUGUAGGAACGAGACAGCACUUUCCCCUCACCUGCUUUUGGAUUUGAAGCUUAGUUACAUGGGCCGUUUAGGCUGCAGCCCUGUGUCUGCUCAGGUGCAUGGGUAACUUGAACGAGACUUGGGCCUCGCGUAGUGUGCGCUUGGACUUUCUCCUGGCCAACGCUGUGAGCAAGGGUGGUGGGGCUGCAGCCAUACCUCAUUGGUAGUUGUAGGUGAGAGUCGCACACCCAGUAUCUAAUGCAGCAUUUGAGAUAUCUAAGGACUUAUUUUUCCAUACACUCUGCACACGUUCAUACGUAUUUUAUGAAUCAGGUCUGUGAUAAAUGUUUCAAACAAUUUGUUUGCUGCAGUUUCGCCGGGUUACCAUCUCUUUGGUUUGCAAUGUAAAUAAUAUUGUACAUCUGCUAUUUUAUGAUACAAAUGCCAUGUGAAUUGCAUAUUUUUAAAAUGUUAUAGCUCUCUUAUGGUUUAUUUACAAUGCCAUCUUACAGUGUUGGUUUAAUAUACAAUAUAUCUGUAUGACAUGAAUGAAAUUGCUCAAAUAUUUUAUUUUUGUUUUUUUUUUUUAAAUGACUACAUUUCAUCCUAUGCAGUUUCAUAAAUGUCUUAAGUGGCUCAUUAUGUCUGGAAAUAUUGCUUCAUCUCUGGUCGUGCAGGUAUAAGAACCAGUAUUCCCAAUCAAAAUCAUCACAUAUAUCAUCUAGCAGUUUCAGAUUAGAAAUAUAUGUACAAAUAUGUAAGCAUUUUCAAUUAAUCACAACAUCUGCUAUCUCUUCCUUGCCUUUCAUGUAAUUAUACAUUUUAAGCAUUUUGUAUCAUUUUUAUUUGUAAUUAAUUAUGAGUCAUGCACAGUGUAAAUAGCAUAUUUCGUUUUACAAGGUUUCUAGGUAUUCAAGAUUACAAAAAGGUUCAAUUUGUAUAUGAAAAGAAAUUGACAGUAGGUUGGAAUGACAUAAAAUAAAGUGGUGAUGACUAUGUUCUAUUUAUACUGUUCUUUUCCAAAUUGUCUGUUUAAAAAAAACAUUUUACUGCCCUUUAAUGUCCAACCAGUUAUUUACAGUAUAUUUACAUCAAUAAAUCAUGCAAAAGUCUAUUAAAAGUCAUGAUGAAUCAUUGAAAUUUUCACCUUUUCUGUUGAGAGCUUAUUUGCGGAGAGCAGAAUUAAAACAUACUAAAACCAAAUUCAAUGGAAACAGUCCAAAAAGUCAAUAAAAGUAUUUCUGGAAAAGAA